GAGUGCCGGGCGGGGCCAGGGGCACCCAAUGAGCGGCGGAGGAAGGCGGGACCCCGAGCUGGGCGAGCCAAUCGGCGGCGGGGGGCGUGGCCUGGUGGCAGGAGAUCGAGGCCGGAGACACGUACGGAGCAGAGCGCGGCGGUGACGGAAGCGACAGCUGGUGCAGUUCCCCGAAGCGAAGGGUGCAUCCCACCCACCUGCCAGCGCCAUGGACGUGUUCAACCGGAACAUUGACUUCAACGCACUCUUCAAGUUUUCCCACAUCUCUGCCUCCACCCAGCAGCACCUGAAGAAGGUCUAUGCCAGCUUUGCUCUCUGCAUGUUCGUGGCAGCAACCGGAGCCUACAUCAAUGUGGUGACCCAUCUGCUCCGGUUCAGCCUGCUCUCGGGCCUGGGCUCCCUGGGCCUGCUCAUCUGGCUGAUGGCCACGCCCCACAGCAGGGAGACGGAGCAGAAGAGGCUGGGGAUUCUGGCUGGCUUUGCCCUUCUGACUGGAGCCAACCUAGGUCCUCUCCUGGAAAUGUGCAUCACCAUCAACCCCAGCAUCAUCCCCACGGCCUUCCUGGGCACCGCCGUGAUCUUCAGCUGCUUCUCACUGAGCGCCCUCUACGCCAGGCGCCGCAGCUUCCUGUACCUGGGAGGUUUCCUGCUCUCUGGCCUCUCCCUGAUGCUGCUAUUCUCCUUGAUCAACGUCUUUGUGGGGUCCACUUGGCUGUUCACGGCUAACCUGUACCUCGGGCUGAUGGUCAUGUGUGGGUUCGUCCUCUUCGACACGCAGCUCAUCAUUGAGAAGGCGGAGAGCGGGGACAAGGAUUACAUCUGGCACUGCGUGGAUCUCUUCCUGGAUUUCAUCAACAUCUUUCGGGAACUCAUGAUUCUGCUGGGGAUGAACGAGAACAAGAAGAAGAAGGAGAAGUGAAGCGCCGCCAGGUGCCGGAGCCCCCCCCCCCCCAUCUCCCGCCCCCUGAGACAUUAAAGGGGCUGCGCUCUGCCACCACAGGCAGCCACUCGCUUUC